AUGGUUGGCUAUGACCCUGAGGCCAAGUGUGUCUCUACGGUGGAAGCAGCUGUAGCAGGAUCAGCAUCUGGCUUGGUCACUCGGGUCCUUGUUAGUCCCUUGGAUGUCAUCAAGAUCCGCUUUCAGCUGCAGAUUGAGCAGCUUUCCUCCAGAAACCCAGGGGCUAAGUAUCAUGGCAUCUUGCAAGCUGUACAACGCAUCUUCCAGGAAGAGGGGUUGGUAGCCUUCUGGAAGGGCCAUGUUCCUGCUCAGUUCCUUUCAGUUGGCUAUGGAGCUGUUCAGUUCAUGGCAUUUGAGAGCCUGACCAAGCUGGUGCACAACGUCACCUCCUACGACGCCCGCGGCUCCUUCGUGCACUUCGUCUGCGGGGGGCUGGCCGCCUGCACCGCCACCGUCGCCGUUCAGCCUGUCGACACGCUGCGCACCCGCUUCGCUGCCCAGGGCGAGCCCAAGAUCUAUCACAACCUCCGCCAUGCAGUGGUGACCAUGUACCAGACAGAAGGGCCUCGAGCUUUCUAUAGAGGUCUGACCCCCACAAUAGUUGCUGUCUUUCCAUAUGCUGGCUUCCAGUUCUCCUUCUACAACAUCCUGCAGCAGUUUUCUGAAUGGGUGCUUCCAGCUGAAGGAAAGAAUGGAGGCAACAUGAAAAACCUCAUCUGUGGGAGCUGUGCUGGAAUCCUCAGCAAAACCCUCACCUACCCGUUCGAUGUGUUCAAAAAAAGGCUGCAAGUGGGUGGCUUCGAGCAUGCCCGGGCAGCCUUUGGGCAGGUACGGACGUACAGCGGGCUCCUGGACUGCAUGAGACAGAUCAUGAGAGAGGAGGGCCCAGGUGGGUUCUUUAAGGGCCUUUCACCCAGCUUGCUGAAGGCUGCUGUCUCUACUGGCCUGAUCUUCUUCUGGUAUGAGCUGUUCUGCAGCCUGCUGUGUGCCCUAAAGAACAAUGAUAGAACUCCAAGGAAGGAGGGCUGACAGGCACAU